AUAACUACCAAACUCCAGAACUUAAAGAUCACUCAAGAGAGUAAACCAAGUCUUAUUCCUUACGGUCCCAUGGCCGCUAAAUCAUGUGAUCACACCCUGCUCAAAGUUGCUGUCUGGACCACUUCGGAAAGAAAGAAACCCGCUCAAAGUUGUUUUCUGGAACAGUCGGAAGGAAAGAAACCCGCUCAAAGCUGUUUUCUGGAACAGUCAGAAGGAAAGAAACCCGCUCCAAGUUGUUGUCUGGACCACUUCAGAAGAAAAGAAACCCGCUCAAAGUUGCUGUCUGGACCACUUCAGAAGAAAAGAAACCCGCUCAAAGUUGCUGUCUGGACCACUUCAGAAGAAAAGAAACCCGCUCAAAGUUGCUGUCUGGACCACUUCAGAAAGAAAGAUACCCGCCCCUUGGAAGGAAUCUUACCCGCACAAAGUGGUAUCCAGGAACCCCCUUGGAAGGAAUCUAACCCGCACGAAGUGGAGGAUUGUAAGAAUCUAGAAGCUCUUUCCGUAGUAGUUUCGAAUGUGGUUCAGAGAUUUAUGGGUUUCUUAUUACUAAUAAAAUACCUAUGGGCG